AUUCCUCUCCUCCUCCCACCCCUCUAAUCCCACCAUUAAGCAACGAUCACCAAGGUGUUUCAUCAAAUCUCGCUCUCAAUUUUUUUCAUCGAAAAUUUCCGUCGCCAAAGAUAUCAGAUAUGGCAGCUGAAAAGUUGAAUUUUUCACAGACAUGCAACCUGCUGAGCCAAUUCUUGAGGGAGAAGAGAACCCUGCAAGUCGUCCCUCCCACAACAAUGAACUUGCUGACGACCAUGGAGGCUGCUGCUUCGAACCCAGCCCAUCAGGUGGCUCAGACUCCAUCAUCGAAACCCAGUAUCGAUUUGUUUCAGCACUUCACCAAAGGCCCAGAAGCGGUUUUGGGAAAUCAGCAGCCUGGAUCUGUUGCCUCGAUGACUGUUUUUUACGGUGGGCAGGUGCUGGUUUUCAAUGAUCUGCAGGCUGAGAAGGCAAAAGAGAUUAUGGAUUUGGCUAUAAUUGGAAGCUCCAAGAGUUCUGGUCGGUUUGUGGAGAAAUUGGCUUCUGGGAAUCAGUCAAAUGUUGUCGCUAAAAAUAAUUACCAGGAAAUUCAGAAGGUGCAACCCCAAGCAGCCGCGUCAGAUUUGCCUAUUGCCAGAAGAGCUUCGCUUCAUAAGUUCUUGGCUAAGAGAAAAGAAAGGGUGGCAGCAAUAGCACCAUAUCAACUGAAAAGCCAGAAAGCAUCUUCUCCUGCCAAAAGUGACGAGCAAACGAGUUCGAGGGCAGAAGACCAAAGUACAAAGCAGCUUGAGCUCAGGCUAUAGAGAUAUAAUUGUCUCGCAGUUUUUAUUAGAUUUAGAGUUUACUAUGAUAUAUAGGGGUUAAUUUCUGGGGGCUUAUGAUUUCCUGUGUGUUCUUAUAAGCAAAACUUAUUCUUCCAUCUUAAAUUUUGUAAUUAUUAUUUCUAUCAAUGAGAUUUGGAUCCAUAAUCCAUUUCUGCA